AUGAGAACUGGGUUGAAUACUAUUCAGCAGACUCUGACGCCGGAGGCGGGGAGUGUUUUGAACCAUUCAAUAGCGGAGGCGGGCCGCAGGAAACACGGACAGACGACGCCGCUACACGUUGCGGCGACUCUACUUGCGGCGCCAUCGGGGUUUUUAAGACAAGCAUGCAUCCGUUCACACCCCAAUUCUAGCCAUCCGCUUCAGUGCCGGGCGCUGGAGCUCUGCUUCAGCGUGGCCCUGGAGCGGCUCCCCACGGCCCAGAACAUGGCUCCUGGGAUGGAGCCCGGUAUUUCGAAUUCGCUAAUGGCGGCUCUAAAGCGAGCGCAGGCGCAUCAGAGGCGGGGGUGCCCCGAGCAGCUACAGCAGCCACUGCUUGCUGUCAAGGUGGAGCUGGAGCAGCUUAUUAUUUCGAUAUUGGAUGAUCCCAGUGUUAGCAGGGUUAUGCGCGAGGCAAGUUUUUCUAGUCCUGCUGUUAAGGCCACGAUUGAGCAAUUGCAGACUUCGAAUUCGAAUGCGAAUGCUCAUAGUCAUCAUGUUGCUGGCGCUAAUAUGAAUUUGGGAGGAGCUUUUGGAGGUAUUGCACCUAGGAUGCUUUCUAUUCCAGGUCAAUUAUUAACACUGAGUGUGCCAAAACCAUCUGCAGUUGUUUCAUUGUCUAAUCGAAACAUGUAUUUGAAUCCAAGGCUGCAGCAAGGGGGGUCGGGGCAGAUUGUGAAUCAAAGGAAUGAAGAAGUGAAAAAAGUGAUUGAUAUUUUGAUGAGAACUAAGAAGAGAAACCCAGUAUUGGUCGGGGAUUCGGAGCCUGAAGCUGUGGUGAAGGAAUUGUUGAAGAAACUAGAGAAUAAGGAAUUCGAAAUCGAAGGGCCUUUGAGUAAUGUUCAAGCAAUCUCAAUUAAGAAAUAUUUUCUAUCCGAUAAGAAUCAAAUACCCACGAAGAUAAAGGAAUUGGGCGGCAUGAUUGAGAGUAGGAUUAAGAGUGGAGGGAUAAUUCUUGAUUUGGGAGGUUUGAAAUGGCUGGUGGAGCAUCCUGUGAGUUUUGGUGGCGUACAGCAUCAGCAGGUGGUUUCAGAGAUGGGGAGGGCGGCCGUGGUGGAAAUGGCGAAUUUAUUGGCCCGAUUUGGAAGGGAGGGUAGUAAUGGUGAUCAUAAGCUUUGGUUGAUUGGAACAGCAACAUAUGAAACUUAUAUGAGGUGCCAGGUUUUUCAUACUACAAUGGAAAAUGAUUGGGAUUUGCAGGCAGUACCUAUUGCUUCGCGCUCACCUCUGCCAGGGAUGUUUCCACGGCUAGGAACUGAGAAAAUUCCAAGCACUCCUACAGAAUCUUUGACUUCAUUGAAGAGUCCAAUUCGGCAACCGGUUUUGACACAGCAUCUAUCGGAGAACUUGGAUACUGCUCAGAGAACAACCUUUUGCCCAAGAUGUUCAGAGAAUUAUGAAAAAGAGGUGGCAAAACUAGUUGCCAUUGAGAAAUCAUUUUCUAAAGCUAAACCAGAAGCCACUCAACCAUCUCUGCCUCAGUGGUUGCAAAAUGCCAAACUCGACAGUCAGGAUGCUAUCGCAACUGAUGACACACAAGGAAACGAUCAAGGCAUGCUUUCUAAGCAGAAAACUCGAGAAUUACAGAAGAAAUGGGUAGAUACGUGCUUGAAUCUGCAUCCCGAUUUUCAUCGCAACAUCUGUUCAGAGAGAACUGCUCCAGCAGCAACUCUAUCUAUGACGAGCUUGAAAAAUCCAUCCCUGCUUGCUCAUCAAUCUUUCCAUCCUAAGUUACAGACGAGCAAACCGCUUGGAGAAUCUCUGCAGUUGAACAUAAAUCAAGUUACCAGUCGCCCUGCAGGUAGUCCCCCGGUAAGUCCAGUGAGGACGGAUCUCAUUCUUGGACGUAAAGGAACUGAGAGUACACCCAAGAAAACUACUGAAGACUAUGUUAAAGAUUCCGUGGGUUACAUUUCUUCUGAACCAAAGACCAAGCUCCUUGAUAAGUUUGAGAGUGCAUUGGAUUCUGAUUCAUACAAAAAGCUCCUCAAGGGACUCAUGGCGAAGGCAUGGUGGCAGGCAGAAGCAGCCUCGGCAGUGGCUUCGGCCAUAACACACUGUAGAUUGGGCAAUGGAAAACGACGAGGUGCUGGAUCAAGGGGUGACAUAUGGUUGUUGUUCACAGGCCCUGACAGAGUUGCCAAGAAGAAGAUGGCAUCGGUACUUGCGGAGCAAAUAUGUGGGACUAAUCCAGUAUUGAACUGUCUUAGCUCACGACGUGAUUAUGAAGACUCGGAUGUAAAUUUUCGUGGUAAAACAGCAAUUGAUCGCAUUGCAGAGGCAGUUCAUAGAAAUCCAUUUUCAGUUAUCAUGCUUGAAGACAUUGAUGAAGCAGAUAUGAUGGUGCGUGGGAGUAUAAAACAAGCAAUGGACAGAGGUCAACUCACUGAUACUCACGGCCGUGAUAUCAGUCUUGGCAAUGCCAUAUUUAUUCUCACGGGAGAUUGGUCGAUGACUAAUCCCAAAGAUUGUCAUUUUGUUGAUGAAAAGAAGCUUGCCUCUGUAACAAGUGGCAAUUGUCAGUUAGAACUCAUAGUCAAAGAAAAGAGUGCAAAACGCCAAGGGAAUUGGUUAUCGGAUGAAGAUAGACCUACAAAGCCUCGAAUUGAAGUUGGAUCUGGCCUAUCGUUGGACCUAAAUCUUGCAGCAGACAAUGAAGACGAAACUGAUACAUCUUUCAAUUCAAGUGUUCUCACCAUCGAUCAUGAAGAUGUUCUAGGCCUUGAAAACACACAUUUCUCAAUUACAUCAGUACCUCACGAGCUAGCUAUCAAUGUCGAUGAUUCCAUACCUUUCAAGCCAGUCGAUCUCACUUUUGUUCUCCAUGAGAUCAAGAAAACAAUCUCGGUGAAAUUUGCAAUGGUUGUGGAUGACAACAUGCCCAUAAAGGUAGAAGACGAUGUUAUAGAAAAGAUCUUAGGAGGGGUAUUGCACGACCGAAUCAGUCUACAAGAGUGGAUAGAAAAAGUUUUAGUUCCGGGCUUUGAGCAGCUCAAGAUGCAUCUACCCUCUGUUGGUGGUGGUAGUAAGGUUGUAUGGCUCAUGAUAGACUCAGAAUCCGGUGGCCGAGACAAUGGAGAUUGGUUUCCUAGUAGAAUCACUGUAAAAGGUUAA